CAGUUCGCAGAGAAGGAGAAAGGAAGAAAAGGUCUGUCUGUCCGUUUGUGUAGUCGUCCAUGUUGGAUCUUCUCGUCCCGAUUGCCAGCCUUCGAAAAGGUUUUCUGUUUGAAGAAUUCCUGCCUGCCGACUUGCACCAUGAUUUCUUCAUUUUUUCCAAUGGUGACUGCAUAGUUAAAUCCUAUCGUAACUAAAGAUAAAAUUAUCAAAAUGGAGGGAUACUUCAGUAUAGGAGGAUCUCAUCAUGUAUUCGAUGACUUUGAUAUUGAAGGGAAGAAGUCUUUUGAUGAUAUUGAAAGAAAACAAAAUAAUGUAAAGCCUAAGCCUGUGCCUAGAAAUCAGCAGUCACAGGAAGAAGCAGACAAGAGUCGCCUCCUGGAACAGAAGGUGGACCUUGACAAUGGUGCAGUGGGAUAUGUAUUCUCUGUAUCAGGAACAGGUUAUAAUGCACAAUGGAAGUGUCAUGUUUGUGACAUGACUUUUAUGGGCAUUAAGAACUUACUUUUCCAUGAGAGAAGCAUGAACCACUCAUCCCUCAUGCAGGUGUCAAAGCACCAUGCAAGUCAGUUCAUGAGAAUGGAGAAGAAAGAUGGUGAACCAGCCCCACCAGGAGUUGAUGAAGAUGAUGAGGAAUCUGAACCUCCAGUCCUUACUCAUAUUCAAAGCACUUUGGAUGACCACAAAUCGUCACCUUUAAUAGGUCUUGAAUAUGUUGUUGAGCUAAAUGAUGACUAUGAAAAGGAAUCAUCAUAUGUUUGCAUGUUGUGUGAUAAGAAGGGUGAUCCCCGCACAGUCAUGGCUCAUCUGGUCAGCUACAACCACCGAUCAAAGUACUUGGAAAGACAUUUUCCCAUUACUUUCAAUGCAAUUAAUUCCUUGCCCAAAACUGUGGGUGCCAGACGAGGUUUAGCUGAAAUUGUUACUCGCAUUUCUAAUGAAAUGGAAGAAAAAUUAGGGCGACUGCAUCCUGUACCAACUGAUGGAAGACAUUUUGAAGAGAAUCGUUUUGAUUUGAUGUGUUCAAUAAACAAGGGCAAGCAUUUUAUUGAAACUCCAGACAAUACAUUUGUACAUCUGGUAGAUCGUGAGCUACUGACAGCAGCAGCAAUGAAAAAUGAAGAAAUUCCUGUCCGUGAUGCAAAUCCCCCCUCAAAGGCCUCUGAUAAAAAUAAAGGAGGCACUGAAGAUGAUGAUGAAAUUGAAUUUCAAGGGGCUUUUGUUAAAGGCACACGUGUUCCUCUUACGCGGCAACUUCGUAUCCGUAAAAUAUCGAUUGAAGGUGAAGACAAAACAACUGAAGGUGUUAAUAAAAAUCAAGUAAAGCCCACCGGACCAGCAGCAGCAGCUGCAGCUAGUAAGAAAGAAGAUGAUGCGUGCUCUUUAUCAUCCAUUUCUAGUGCAAGUUCAGCUAGAGAUGAGUUCGGGAGGGUUUUGCGCAGUUCUCUUUCAAGAUCGCGUUCAAGAUCCGGUUCUCGUAGUCGGCGACGAAGAAAGUCUCGAUCUAGGUCUCGGUCUAGAGGCCGAUACAGGCGAUCCAGAUCAAGGUCUCGGUCACGGAGCAGACGGUCGCGGUCACCCUAUGGUAGAGGGCGGCGGGCAAGAAGCCCGCGCAGCAGACCCGGUGAUAGCAAACGGGAUGACAGGAAGCGAUCGAAGGAUAGGGCAGAUGACCUUUCUCAAGAAAAGGCCAAGUGGGAAAAAUUCCGGGAGGAAUUGGCAAUUGUAGAGAAAGAGAUGCUUGAGACAUUGUCACAACAUGAGAAGAAUCCAGAGAAGCACCCCAAGUAUCCAGAGGAGUGGAAGUUGUUUUGGAACAAGCGGUACAAGGAAUUGCAAGCAAGUGGCAAGGACCCAAACAAGCACGAUUUCAAACCCGAGUGGAUAGAGUUUUGGAACCGUCGGAUGAGGGAGUUGCAUGAGCAGGACUUUAUGAAAAAGAAGGAAGAGCUGCGCGAGAAGCUGAACCUGCCCGUGGACGAGCCCAAGCCGCACUUCAACCGGCGCAAGAAGUUCGUCCGCGACGUGGACGGCGUGCCCGUGACGGACAGCUCGGGCAAGGUGCGCUCGCGCUCCCCGAGCCCCUGGGAGGAGGGCAUGGCGCCGGGCGCCUUCGCGGCGAGGGAGCGUGACAGGGAGCGGGAGCGGGAGCGCGACCGGGAGCGCGACAGGGACUUCCCGCCCGCCUACCGCCAGCUGCGCACCGAGUGGCGCGAGCGCUCGCCGCCGCCCCUGCCCCGCAUUAUCACCAUCCUCAGGAUGCUGACGGCCCUGGAGCAGCAGCUGGGCUCGCUCGGCCCGCGCGUCAACAGCGUGCUCUCGGAGGCUAUCGCCAUGGAGAAGACGACCAACUCUGACGCGAUGCUCCGCGACGGCGAGGUGGUGGUGCUGCUGGAGACGGUGCGCGAGAAGUUCCGCGGCCAGCUGCUGGCCGGCAUCGUGGAGCGCAACCACGUGAACGCGACGCGCAACGCCAUCGGCGGCAUCGGUGAGCUGCUGUACCGCGCGCCCGCCAUCCUGGAGCGGCUGCCCCCGCCCAGGGUGCCGUCGCCCGCGCGCCCGCCCGUCCGGCUGGUGGAGCCGCCCGCCGUGGUUCACGUGCCCGCGCCCGCCGUGCCGCGCGUCGCCCCCAAGCCCACCCCCGCGCCCGCCCCCGCGCCGCCGGCGCCCGCCCCCGACCCCGUGAGCGUGCCCGGCGUGGGCGCCGUAGACAAGGCGGCCAUCGCCAGGGAGAUUGCCGCCGCGCUCGUGCUGCAGGGCAAGACGGACGUGUCCGAGGCCGAGCUUGAGCAGCUCGUGGCCGCCGUGGUGGGCAUGGCGCAGGCCAAGGCGGAGACUGAACAGGCGCAGGCCCUGGCGCUCGCCCAGGCGCAGGCCCAAGCUCAGGCCCAGGAGGCCCCGAAGGCCCCACCCCCGCCGCCCGUCACUGAGCCCGCCCCGGCCGCCAAGGCCGACCCCCCGGCGGCCAAACCCGCCCAGCCUACAACUCAGGCACCGCCCGAAGUGACUGGCCUGCAGUUACUGCAGUCUGCGUACGAUGCGGACGAGGCGAAAGGGUCGCAGCAGAUGAAGGAGCGACAGGGCACCCCGGUGGACGGUGCGGACGCCGUCAAGGCCCCCGCCAACAAGGCGCCGGCCGUCCCCGUCGGCUCGAACCCGCCGCCCGCACCCUCCGCGGCCCUGACGACGGCCCAGGCGAUAGACGCCUACGUCGACGAGCUCACGGAGACCGACCUGAGGCUGCUGCUGCAGAGCUUUAAAGACUUGCCACUGGACGAGCAGCACGGCCUGAUCAGGUACCUCAAGAAGCUGGAGGCCACCGACCCGGUGAGGGUGGAGAGACUGCGCAAGUAUGUCAAUCUGGGCCCGGGCUCCAACCCGAAGAGCGCCGCCAAGACGACGAUACCCAUUGAGAAGCUGCAGGCCUUGGCCAAGGUGGGCCAGUCUGGGAGACUGUCGCCCUUCUCCUCGAGACAGCAGAGUCGCAACCCGGCCCAGUCUGAGACACAGAGGCCUGCCAUGCAUUUAGAUACCGAUUCUGAUGACGACUAUAGCUUUGACGAUGUUUGUAAGGCGGCGAAAGCUAAAGUGUCGGAGCACGAAGCGGCAGUGGCUGUGAUAAAAGAGAAAGAGGAGGCAAAGAAGCGACGCGAGCAGGAAGAAAUAAACAAAAAGAUUGAAGAGGAAAAAGCGAAAGCACAGCAAGCUUUAAAAGCUAUUGAAGAUAGAGAGAGAGAGCAGCAGCGCAUUGUGAAAGAGAAGGAGAGGAUUGAACGUGAAGCAGCAUUGAAAGUGGGUGCUGCGAACUGGACUGCUCUCUCCUCCAGCAGUACUGGGUCUCAUCAGCUCUCAAUCCCUCCUCCACCCGUCCCACCAAUGCAAAGCAUGUAUGGUUCUGGAUAUGGUGAGUUGGCGAACUCAGUCGCUGGUCAGAUGGGAGCCACCAUGGGAAUGGGGAAUUUUAACGGUGGUGCGGGUUUCUUUGGGUCUAAUUCUUACAAUCAGUAUCAGGAAACAGGCUACGAUCAACAAGGUGCGUUCUAUCAAGGUCAGCAGAACAGUAAUGCAAUGUACCAAGGACAAUCUGGAUCGUUUAACUCUCAAGGAUUUGGAGGGUAUGGGAAUAAUGCCAUGUUUCAGCAGCCUCCCCCACAGCACCAAGGACAACAAGGGUACCCUGUUGCACCUUACAGCAAUCAGUAUCAUUAUUGAUGUGAUAAUUUUAUUUAUGUUGAUUGCUAGUAUGAAAUUGUUUUCAUUUGUUUGACUGCCGGAGUAAUAAGUUCCUUGCUUCCUGAUUUCCCACCUGUUAAUCGUCCACAAAUGGAUGGCACAGUUAGUGUUUGCUAACUGUUACUGUGCCAUCCAUUUGUUGACACCCUUCAGCUAUCUCUCUUUUCAGCAUGAAAUUGUGAGGUUUUACAGAGCAUUCGGAUGUCUGUAAUGUUGCGUAUACUGUAAAUUGUACUCCAGGUAUAAGACCAAUUAAUUUGUAAUUGAAAUUAAACUUAAAUGUUUUGAUUGUGUGGUAGGAGUUCAUUAUGUUUUUAGUGAAAAACUUUGACUUGAUCGCCAGAUUUCAGUUUGCUUUAGGCCACAUUAUCUGCCUUUUUUUUUUUUGUAUUGUCACUUUAUUUAACUGUAAAAGUCUGUCUUGCACUGGAAUUUGUGAAUAGGUUUCUUAGUCCUAACAUUCCCCUUAAAUAUUUUGUUGAACUAUUUCCUUAUAAUUAAAAACUGGAAAUUCUGAAAACCUAUUCUGGUAUCCAUCCAGGCUUAACUGAGAAGUCAUGUUAAUUAAUUCCAACAUUUACAGGAUAUUUUAGCCAUUUUGACUUUUCCUUUAGUAGUCAAUCAUGUUUAGUGGUAAGUUAAUUGCAGUCUGGCUGGGAGAACUGCAGAACUUCAAUUAUCAUUCUCUCAUCUCAUAUCAAGUAAUGCCACUGCUUGUGUAAGUAAAUGUAUUGUAAAUAAAUUUUCUCUCUUUAUCUUUUCGUGCAGUGUGCUAAUAAAAACAAAUAGCCCUCAAGAAACACACAAGUUCUUUUUUUUUUAUUUUUUAGAUGCUGUGGUGUACGUUUGUAAUCUAUUAUUGUAAAAUGUUGUUUGUUUUAAGGAGGAUGAAUAAAGUUCACUCUAAUUUUAUUCCCUAUUGCAGGAAAACACAAA